CAGACCUCGACUACCGGCCUGCAACCCCCAAACCCGAAACCAGCAUGCCCAAAGCCAAAAAGUCAGACCCGAAGCCCCAAUCCAAGGCCCCCCUCAGCACCGAGCCCCGCCACCCCCAACUGGCCACCCCUACGCCCCCUCCUCCCCGCCGAGGACCUCGCCCUCGAAGCUCUAGUCCCCGGUCAGAUCUACCUGGUUCGGAACUUUCUCCCAGGCUCGCUCUGCAAAACAUAUGCCUCGUUUCUUGCAUCCCUUCCACUGACUACUACGCCGGGAAAGCCCAAGAAAGAUGAGGCAGUGCGCGUAAAUGAUCGCUUCCAGGUCCAAGAUGCCCGGUUUGCAGAGAUGCUAUGGAGCGGGACGGCAAUGAAAGAGCUUCUCACCACCCGCUUUAGCGAGGGCGAGGAAGAGCAUGGUGGAGAGCUUCCGUUGGAGGCAGCGGCGCGGAAAACACAGCAAGUAUGGGGUGGGGAGCCGUUGGGCUUGAAUCCUAAUAUCCGUAUCUAUCGCUAUUCGCCGGGGCAAUUCUUUGCGCAGCAUUAUGACGAGUCAAAUGCUUUGACCUUCCUUCCCCAGGGCUCCAACAGGGCUACUCCGGCCCGCACCACUUGGACUCUUCUUAUCUAUCUCACAGCUUGCUCGGGGGGUGAAACGGUAUUUUAUCCCGAGCCUACACGGGCUGAUCGCAGUCCUGCACCGAUAUCUGUGGCACCGGAGGUCGGGAUGGCUCUGUUCCAUCGGCAUGGGGAUCAUUGUAUGCUGCAUGAAGGUACGGAGGUGACGAAAGGGGAGAAAUGGGUGUUGCGGAGCGAUUUGGUAGUACCGCGAUGA